GCUUCUUGUCCAGGGGAGGCGGUCAUGCAAAAUGAGAUGUGCCAGAAAGUGGAGCUCACAUGAGCCAAAAACACGACUAGAGACACCAAGCAAGCCUGAGAGGCAUUCCACAUGGGUGGAUCUAGUUCCCAACGAUUCCUGCGAUGGGGUUUGGUCCUCAUUUUGGCGUGUUGUGAAGCGCCAUGCUGGGUGCCAGGUCAGCAGGGCGAUCGUGGCCUCCACUUCAGCGCAAAUCGGAUAUCGCACAUUCAGCGAGGUGACGGACUGCCUGACGACGCUGGCAGACGAGAUGUUGUCGCAGAGUGGUUGCAGAGUGCCUUGCAGGCUGCAGGAACAGCUUUGGUGGCUACUGGUGCCUUUUGCAGCGGUGCAAAGCUUGCCGUCAUCAACCAGCCUCAACAGCCAGAGCUGCGGGGCCCGUUCCGUGCAGUGGGCUCUCGUGUGCUGCGUCUAGCAGGGCUGCGGUGCCGGGUGCUGUAUCCUGCACAAAGCAAUGGCAAGGAAGCCCCCUAUCUUUCAGAGGGGCGAAGAACCUCAGAUGCCAUGGCACGGCUUGUUUUCUUUCCUGGCUUCUUGCUGGAGCACCUGGGUACUGCAAGUUCUGGGUGCUGGGAGGAUGCGCCACCUUCUGCUUCUCCGCAGGGCCUUUAUCCAGUUUUCGUGUACUCCCACGGUCAGGGAGGAAACAUGGACAUGGGCACAUUUUUUUUGAGGCAGAUUGCCAGCUAUGGGCUGAUUGUCCUCAGUGUGGAGCACCAAGAUGGCUCUGCAUCCACUGGCGAUGAGUCCAAUCCCAGACCAUUCAGUUUCACUCGUGCGCAGCUGGGAGUGAGCUAUCGUGCGCAAGAGCUGAUAGAAGUGACGAAAGCUUUGCUCGCUAAUGGACUGCUUGAUGAGCUUGGUGGAGACGGGCAAAAUAUUUUAGUGGGUGGACACAGUUAUGGCGGUCCCACGGCCAUUCUUGCCGCCAACGCAGCCCCGGAGCUUUUCAGUGGAUUGGUGCUGCAUGACCCAGCAGUGAGCGCUGAGAUGCCGCAAUUGACCCAACCAGUCUUUUCCAUUGUGGGAGAUGAGUAUGCCGGCAUCUUGAAUUUGGUGAAUAUGGUGCGCAAGGUGUCUUCGAGCGGCAAGGCUCGCCCAUGGUCUGGCCUUUGGCACUUCAAUGGCAUCAGCCAUGGGAAUUUUGUGGAUGCCCCGCUGUGGGCUCCUUUGCCAAUCAUGCGCCUUUUGCGUCUACUGCUGAUCCCUGCAGCAGGGCCUGCAGAUCCCGCAGAGGCUUUGUUUCGGAGUUCCCUCAAGUUGCCCUCAAGCGUGAACUUUGUUUGAUUUGCAGCGGCUUAGCACUUUGGGUUUCUUCCCCUUCGCUACUCGGACAGCCUCUUUUCGGAACCACCAAUCCCAUUCUGUUUCUAUUAGUAACGUCUAUGAGUGCUCGAUCGGCCCCAAACUUUGCUUUACUGUAGGUUCGCUUGUUGCCAGGCCUGAGCCUUGACCACCAAUAAUUUCAACCAGCUCUUUCUCAUAUCUCUAGGCGCACAAUGCCAUGGCAUCAGCCGCUGCUGACUUUGCAAAAAGCAAUGAAAAGUCUGUUUCAGACACUGACCGCGCGUGGCAACUCUUG